UAAAACUGGUCGGUUUUAAGGUAGGGCUUGUGUUUGGUAGAAGAGUGUUAGAGAGAAGAGUGAGUGAGCGAGGAGUGAGUGUGUCUGUGAGUGAUUUUAUUCGGAUCGAUCGAGUGUUCUAUUCCAAUGGCAUCAUCCAAUUCCACUCAGCAAGAUGUCAACAAACCUGCCAAGAGAAAACCCGUCUUCACCAAAGUCGAUCAGCUCAAACCCGAAACCAACGGUCACACUUUAGUGGCUAAGGUCUUGUCCUCCGACACCGUCGUGCACAAACCGCGACCUUCCUCUGCCCAUAACAUCAAACCCACUGUCAUCGCCGAGUGCCUCAUCGGCGACGACACCGGCACCAUCAUCUUCACCGCUCGCAACGAACAAGUUGAUUUGAUGAAGGCUGGUUCAACUGUAAUUCUUCGUAAUGCAAAGAUUGACAUGUUCAAGGGAUCAAUGAGGCUGGCUGUUGACAAAUGGGGGCGUGUUGAGGUAACUGAACCUGCAGAUUUUGUAGUUAAAGAGGAUAAUAACCUAUCCCUGGUUGAAUAUGAAUUGGUGAACGUGGUUGAAGAAUAAUCCCGUCGAAGAGUGCAAGAACAGCUUUAUGAUUUGGUUAUGGUGCAUUGGAUACCCCCAAAGGUAAAACUUAACUGGUGAUGGAUGGUUGGUAAACGUUCUCACUUUAAUUAGCUUGUAUUUCCCCUUUAACAUGCUUGUCAUGAUUUUGGGUUAAGUUGAUGUCUCUUGAACAACCUUGUGUCAAGCGAACAAGAUUUGCUAUUAUCUUCAUCAGCAACUGUAUUCAAUGAACAUAUAGUAUUAUGUUAAUAUAGUUAUCCGUAUCACAUGUUUCUUUGCA